GUAGAUCUACGUUUGAAUUUUAUUUUGCGAUUGGAAGUGACGUCAUUCUAGUCACAUGUUGCGGAUUGACCAAUCAUAACGUUUGUCCGCUCACUUCGAAGUGGGAUUGUGAGCGAAUUUCCGAACUUCGGCACAAAACCUGAUUUUAGCCGUCACUUCUUAUUCUAUAUCUUUAUUUUUAAAACCUUGAAAGGAACGACUUCGCUAUAAAAAUGUCCUACGGUUUUGGAGACAAUGCUUGGAGCUCGAGCGGUCCCCCAGGCAGUGUAUUUGAAGAUGAGGCCAGACCAGCCAGUCCAAACAGCUUGCGUCAGAGAAAAUUGGAACAACAGAGAGAAAUAAUGAGAAAAAAGAAUGAAAUGAAAAGAGCACAACCUAGAAUGGUUCAAGCAAACGACAUGGUUCGUCCAACAUCGCGUCAGAGUGAUAGAACUCCACUUGUACAUGGCGGGACCAUGGUCACUGGAAUUGACGGUGCUGUGACCAAAACAGUUCCUCCAGAAAUUUCCACAGGAGGCUUAUUAGUAAAUGUUGGUUCAGAUGAAGAGCCUGUCCAUCAUGUUAAGCAAACAACUGACACGGAACGCAAGCUUGCGGCAAUGGGUCUGUCAUCUAGUGCUGACUUCCACGAGGACCUUGAUGAGCCUGCCAUGAACUCUCAAGUCAUUUCACCCAUGAACAACCAAGCCCGAACACCUUCACCCCUGCCCUCGGGACCACCGCCACCCUACGAUAAUAACAAGACGAAAAAGACAAGUAGAGACUCUCCCCCUACAUCCGCCACCCCUGUCAGUAAUAUAGAUAUUGAUGACCUAGAGAAGUUUGUGCUCAGGCCAGCACCACAAGGUAUCCCCGUCAAGUGCCGUAUAACACGCGACAAGAAGGGAAUGGACCGCGGCAUGUAUCCAACUUACUUUCUUCACAUGGAGCGAGACGAUGGCAAAAAGGUGUUUCUCCUGGCUGGCCGCAAGCGCAAGAAGAGCACAACGUCCAACUAUCUGAUUAGCACAGAUGCCACUGACUUGUCUAGGGGAGGGGAGAGUUUCGUUGGCAAGCUGAGAGCAAACCUGGUCGGUACCAAAUUCUCGAUAUUCGACAAUGGCGUCAACCCCCGAAAGGGCGGGGUUAUGUCUGACGGGUCUAACAUUCGUGAAGAGUUAGGAGGAAUCAUUUAUGACACUAAUGUGCUGGGCUUUAAGGGUCCACGUAAGAUGACGGUGGUACUCCCUGGCAUGGGGCUGGACCAGCAAAGGGUUCCAGUCAGACCGAGAUUGGAAUCAGAGACGAUAUUAGAGAGGCACCGGAACAGACAACUGGAAAACCUUGUCGAACUUCAUAACAAAACCCCUGUUUGGAACGAUGAUACCCAGUCUUAUGUUCUCAACUUCCAUGGGCGCGUGACGCAGGCGUCUGUUAAAAAUUUCCAGAUCGUACACGACAGUGAUGUUGACUACAUCAUCAUGCAGUUCGGAAGGGUUGCCGAAGAUGUCUUCACCAUGGACUACAACUACCCAAUGUGUGCAGUACAGGCGUUUGCUAUCGCACUCAGUAGCUUCGACGGCAAGUUAGCUUGUGAAUAGAAACGCGUAUAAUUCACUCUAUGUAUUGAAAUCUGUAUAAACCACAGGCCGCGCUUUUAUCUUCAGGCGCAUUUUAAAUGAAUUUGGUAGCUUAUGGCCAUUCCAUUCAAAACAUAUUUUCUCUGUCUAAGUUGUAAUAUAAGGAGAUUUUAAAUAUAUAUAUCACAUUGGAACAGAUCCUUAAUUGCUAUGUAUAUUUGUCGAUAGUACACCAUUAUUUUUUAGGAUCGCAACGCCUUUAGGGGCUGGAGGAUGGCAUCCCUCCUCACCCCUAACCCCACGUGUCCCCGUCCCCUUCCCCCAGUUUUUUAUCUAUAGAUACAGUAGUCUCCUACGCAAUGACCACCGAACGCCCGCGUAGGAGAUUAUAAAAAAAGAAGUUCAUUUUUGUAAUGAUGGCCUUAAAACUUGCCUGGAAUACUAUUCUGAGACUAAGUUUAACUAGCAUAAAAAGUCUGGGUUAUAUUGCUGUACAGAGAGGCUAGUCUAGCCAAUAUCACGGUAACCUAAUAUCUGCACUUAUAGCACAUGCACUAUCAUUGUCUUUACUAAUGGGACAACUUCAGAAUGCAAAUGAAUGGACGGGUAUUUCGAAAUUUAUCCCUAAAGUCAUGGCAAUACAUUUUUAGCGAAAACAUAUACAGAUAUUAAUUUCACUUUUGGUGUUGUUGCGAACCGGAAGUUGGAGAGCUGUGGUACUUCCGUCGAACGGAUGUGAACCAGAAGUUCAAGUUUAAAUUUGGUUAAAAAAGUUUGUUUUGUGUACCGGUAGAUAUGGUCUACUUCCUUUUAACACACACGAAGCGGAAGCUCUGCAACGGAAUUUAGUAAUACUUCCUAUUCACAUCCAUUCUGCAGAAUUGCUAAAAGUUUUGCCAUUUGAUGUUGUAUUUGAGAAUCUUACUUAAUCAUGACAUAUCAAUAAAGUUAUCGUAGUAUUUUAACGCAUUUUAAAUCUUGAAUUUGAAGAAGUUGCAGAAACCCGCAUCAAUGAACAUCUUUUAAAUAUUAGUUUCUUUUAGUUAUUGUUUUCUUGAAACUGAUUCUAGAUAUCUGACGAAAAAAAGUAAAGGUUUAUUUACCAUGGUUUCUGGGAAAAACUACCUCAGGGGAAGGGAUGUGGAUAACAUAUGAUCAUUAAUCAUUUCUCAGCGCAAUUUCCUCAUUGGUUUUGCUUGUAUUUUAUCCCUAUACCAUUAGGCCAUUAAGCCGGCAUUUGUUUAUGAAGCAAGAGGUAUCAUUUUUAUUUUGCUGAGUUUGUCUGUGCAUCUGUAGCAUUUGACUAUAAAUCAGCUUGAGUGUUUCUAAUCGUGCUCUUUUAUGCGGGUAUUUACUGCACUUUAAAUUAAGAAGUUGGUUGUUAUAAAGAAGAGUAAAGUUUUAUCUACCUUUCCCGUGUCAAUCCCUUGAUCUCAGAUCAAUCUAGACUUUGAGAACCCAUAGGGCUCCGAAAAUUAUAACUUGAAUAUCUCAAAUAUUAAAAACUUUGUGAUGUAUUGAGUA